AGGUUUGGAUUUAGAACAUCAUUUUUUAAUCAUGCAAUGCAUGUAUUGAUGAGUCCAACACAUCAAUUAGCUCAUUGCAUAUACUGUGUAUUAGGGCUGCACAAUUAAUCGAAUUUUAAUCACGAUCACGAUUUUGGCUGCCACGAUUAAAUUAAGAUGAUCGUCGGCGAUUUUAACAUUUAAAAAGCGAGCUCUGUUGCAUGUCAAAUCAAGCACUUUCUCAACCAACCACCAGGGGGCGACCGAUAGGUUUGGGCAUCAUUACGUUGCCUAAACCGCAAACGAGCGAGCCCUGCAGGCAGCAACGCCAUUUUCAAAUGAUUUGUGAGAGAGUGAGGCGCAAUGUCGGGGGCAGGAGACACAAGUGCGCUAGCACCGACUGGAGACGAGGAGCCGCUGGUGCCUCGUGAAGCAGCAAAAUCUACUGUGUGGAGUUUUUUUGGAUUCAGGGCAAGUGAUAUUGACCAAAAGGACGUGAUAUGUAAAGAGUGCCACAGAGUUGUUUCCGCGCCAAAAGGCAACACAACCAAUUUAUUUAACCACUUGAAAACACACCACAAACAAAAAUAUGAUGAAUGCAUGAAGGCCAAAGCUAACGCUGGUCCACCAAAUCCCCGUCAGUGUCCAGCGCCAACCCAGACAACCAUUACAGCAACUCUGCACCGGGCGACACCGUAUCCAUCCACCUCUCAAAGACACGCUGAAAUAACGGAUGCAAUAACGUUUUAUUUGGCCAAAGACAUGUGUCCAAUAAGUACUGUAAGUAACAAAGGCUUCAAAAGCAUGGUCAAAAUACUGGACAAGAAAUACGUGAUCCCCUCGCGCAAUUAUUUCUCCAAAGUGGCAUUGCCUGCACUAUAUGAAAAAUGUCGGGAGGAAAUAGAGAGGGAAAUAACAACAGUCGAGUAUUUCGCAACUACGACUGACCUAUGGUCCAGCAGAACAAUGGAGCCGUACAUGUCCCUGACAAUUCACUAUAUUGAUGAUGAUUUUACAAUGAAGAGUCGGUGCUUGCAGACGUCAUUCUUCCCACAAGAUCACACAGGAGAAGCUAUAGCCCAGGGACUGCGGGAAGCACUGGCCUCUUGGAGCCUGCGAGAGGAGAAACAAGUCUGCAUCACCACAGACAAUGGAUCUAACGUCAUCAAGGCAGCUUCUCUAAAUAAAUGGAUGAGGCUCCAGUGCUUUGGCCAUAGGCUCCAUCUAGCAAUUGAGAAUGCAAUGAAAGAUCCUCGCAUUGACCGUGCAGUAGGGAUCUGCAAAAAACUUGUGAGCAGUUUCUCCUACAGCUGGAGGCGUAAAAAGGAGCUAGCACGGGCUCAGAAGGAGCUGAAGCUUCCAGAACAUGGGCUGAAGACAGAAUGCCCCACAAGGUGGGGGUCAAGACAGGCAAUGAUUGAAAGAGUCCUGGAGCAGCAUAAGGCCAUCUCUCAAGUUUUGUCUUCUGACAGAAAGUCCAGACAUCUCCUCCCAUCAUGGCAGGACACUGAGAUCCUCGAAGCCAUCUACAAAUCCCUCCACCCUUUGACUGAGUUUACUGAUGCACUGUCCAGUGAGAAGUAUGUCAGUGUUUCUUUUGUGAAGCCAGUCCUCCACCUCUUCACUUCCUCCAUCCUCAAAGUGAACGAUGAUGAUCCAGAGCUCACAAACACCAUCAAGACAAAAAUCCUAACUUACCUGGAGGAAAAAUACAAGGAUCCCGAGACACAAGACCUGCUCAACCUGGCUUCUGCUUUGGAUCCCCGUUUCAAGCUGCGAUACACAAGUGAGGACAGGGUUGCACCGAUCCAAGCCAGACUUAUGUCUGAGAUGGCUGCAUCUCUGAGCAUGGAGCAGGGCCCAAGUGAUGGUGGGACUGCAGACAUGGCAGAGGAUGAUGCACCCAGCACAUCCAAGAAGAAGAAGACCUUGGGGAGCUUCUUCAAGAUCACUGAGAGAGCCAGACCAACCCAUCCUCCUCAACAAGCUCUAGCCACUGAGCUUCAGUCGUACCUGCAGUGUGCUGACCUGGACAGUGAGGAGAACCCACUGGACUGGUGGAGGGAACAUCAGCGAGUGUACCCACGGCUGUCAAAGCUGGCCAAAAAAUAUUUGGGUAUACCCGCAACAAGUGCCCCUUCUGAGAGGGUUUUCAGCACCGGGGGGAACAUCGUGACUUGCCUUCGGUCUUCGUUAAAGCCUGAGAGUGUUGACAGGCUGGUGUUCCUGGCUAAAAAUCUGUAGGCCUGCUGUAUGGUAGUAGGUUCCAUUUGUGCCUUUCCUGCAACUGUUCGCAACUGUCUGUUUACAAACUGUUUGUUUGCACUUUAUAAUUGCAUUUUGCAAUAGAAUAUUGCUUUCCUUUUGUUUCAAUUUGAAGAGUUGUUUGUUUGAAUAAGAGAGUGCAAUAAAAAGGUAUGUUUUACCUAACAUAAUGAAUAAUCGUGAUUAAUAAUCGUGAUUACAAUAUUUAUAAAAAUAAUCGUGAUUAGCA